UGUCAUGUAACGUUCAGGGCACAGGCGGCUAGCUAACACGCUCCGACGUUAGCCAGCUCAAAUGAAUGACUUGACGCAGCGCGUGGGGACUAAUUGGCCAAUCAGGCAGCAGGUCUGGAGACGUUCAUAUUUCCUGUUGGGAGAGUUUCUAUGCUCUUAAAGGAUGCUCUACUUCUCCAUCACCUCCUCUCGACUUUCCACAGACAUGGACCAUCAUCCUACAUCCUCAACUCUGCCCUGUGUCAAAUCAACAGUGAUCAUGAUGGGAAUGGACUAAGACAUCCCCCUCCCGUGCACUCACCUCUCAGUGGCCAGUGUGUCCCAGCAGCAGCAGCAGGUUGAUCCCAUUGGGCUUCCUGUUGGAGAAGUGCUUUCAUUGACAUCUUAACCAGCAUCAGGGGCUCUGCUCCCAUCGGCUUUCCCUGUCCCGAACCUCUCCAAAUACAGGGUCAUCAUGGGGGAGAUAGUCCAGAUGCAAUUCAGUACGGUGGACUAUGUCAUCUUUGCCUUGCUGCUGGUGGCCUCAGCUGGCAUCGGCCUCUUUUAUGCCUUCUCCGGUGGACGCCAACGCACAACACAAGAGUUCCUGAUGGCCGACCGCUCCAUGAGCUGCCUCCCUGUGUCGCUGUCCCUACUGGCCACUUUCCAGUCAGCGGUGGCCAUCCUGGGGGCUCCGUCUGAGGUGUACACCUUUGGAACUCAGUACUGGUUCCUGGGCUGCUCCUACUUUUUGGGCCUGCUCAUCCCAGCUCACAUUUUUAUACCAAUCUUCUACAGGCUGCGACUGUCCAGUGCCUAUGAGUAUCUGGAGCUGCGCUUUAACAAGACGGUUCGCAUAUGUGGGACAGCGACGUUCAUUUUCCAGAUGGUCAUUUAUAUGGGAGUGGUCCUAUAUGCUCCAGCCUUGGCCCUUAAUGUAGUGACAGGCUUUGACCUUUGGGGGGCAGUGCUUGCCAUGGGAUUGGUUUGCACUUUGUACACAGCUCUGGGGGGUCUGAAGGCGGUGAUGUGGACUGAUGUGUUCCAGACCGUGGUGAUGUUUGUGGGACAGCUGGCAGUGAUCAUAGUAGGGGCCAGUCAGGCAGGGGGCAUUGGUGAGGUCUGGAGGAAAGCAACCAAUGGCAGCCGCAUUUCUGGACUAGACCUGAACCCAGACCCUCUAGAGCGUCACACCUUCUGGACUCUGGGUGUGGGGGGAGUCUUCCUGAUGCUCGCUCUGUACGGGGUCAACCAGGCCCAGGUCCAGAGAUACCUCAGCGCACGCUCAGAGAAAGAAGCAGUCAUGUCCUGCUAUGUCGUCUUCCCAUGCCAGCAGAUCGUCUUGUGUUUAGGUUGUCUGAUGGGUCUGGUCAUGUUUGCUCGCUAUGGAGAGGACAGCCCUCUGGACAAGGGCUACGUCAAAACGAAUGAUCAGAUGGUGCUUUACUUUGUGAUGGAUGUAUUCAGGGAUCUGCCCGGGCUCCCAGGUCUGUUCGUAGCCUGUCUCUUCAGUGGUGCUCUCAGCACUAUCUCAUCAGCCUUCAAUUCCCUGGCUACAGUAACUAUGGAGGACCUGAUUAAACCCUAUUUUCCAAACAUGACUGAAGCUAAAGCCACACUGAUGUCUAAAGGACUUGCCUUGGCCUAUGGCCUGGUGUGUUUGGCUAUGGCCUACAUCGCCUCCUUAAUGGGAUCUGUGCUGCAGGCAGCGUUCAGUAUCUUCGGGAUGGUGGGUGGUCCCCUGCUCGGCCUCUUCUGUCUAGGGAUUUUCUUCCCCUGGGCAAACUCGAUUGGUGCCUUGGUUGGUUUGUUUACAGGCCUCGCCAUGGCCUUCUGGAUCGGCAUUGGUAGUUUUGUGAUGCGUAUGUCAGCUUCCACCGCAGCACCCCUUCUCAACACCACUGCUCUGCCCCUGUUUGGAAACAUGACCACCGCUGUCAUGACCACACUGGUCAAGCCAAGGCCUACAGGUUUGGAGGCGCUCUACUCAUUGUCAUACAUGUGGUACAGUGCUCACAACUCAACCACUGUGGUGGUGGUCGGACUAAUAGUCAGCUUUUUAACAGGACCUAUGAAGGAGAAGGAGCUGACCCCCGGCACAGUGUUUCCAGUCAUGGGCACGCUGCUCUUCUUUCUGCCUGAGCGCUACAGAGAAAAGCUCUGCUGUGUCACUCCUCUGACUCCGAAGCCCAAGGAAAUCAGCACGCAACCUUAUCUCAUGGCCAAGAAAGACCGCAACGGAGCGGCGCACUGCAAAGACGACUCGGUCGCAGAGGACAAAGAGACGGACAGCGACAGAACACAGACACAGGACGAAGACCUGGGAAUUAAGAUCGCUCUGUCCUCAAGCCCUCCGACGAGCCAGACGGUUCAGGAGACGUCCUUGUGAUCAUUUUCUUAUUUCUUAAUAACACACACACUCAUACACACUUUGAAUGACAGUGGUUGAGCCAGUUUCUUUGAGGGAGAUGCAGCUAAAGACAGAUCAUAGAUGUGGAGUCCAUCAUAAAUCUAAAGGUGUUUGGCUGUUGGUGUUUUACACUGAUAGAAUCCGUAGAAACAUAUGAUAGAAAGAACUUCUGGACUUCAGUAUUUGUGUAGAUGUGUUUUUUUUACCUACUCUUUCCCAAACACUAAAAACUGGAAGCUAACUUUUGCCAAUCUGAGACAAAGCGUACACACAAAGGACAACGAUCCAUAAAGGAACUAGUCUACUGGUGUCUGUUUCCGAGUCCGAUGCUUUAGGGUCUGUCCAGGUGUGUGCAGUUUGAAGUUAGGAAACUGGGCAGCUCCUUUGCACAAUGAGCUGUUCUGCUGUGGCUGGUUCCUGUCAUUAUGUUUGACAAAAGAAAAAGAAUAAUUCAGGUAGAUGUAAAUGUGUUAUUUUUGUAGAGCGAGAACAAGGAACCAUAGAUAUCCCAGAAUAUGUAUAAGAGAAUAUAAUAUAAAAAGAAAAUAAGGUCUAGAGAGACUGAACUCCACUUGAAGGCAUGACACGCCUGUACUACUGUGAUAGGGUACUGUCUUUACAUGGCCUUGGUUUAAUACUAAUAGUCGCCCUCUAGCUGCUAUUAUACGUCCCGUGACAAAGAGUUGGUGAAAACAUAGCUGUGUGUUCAGACGUGGGCGGACGUGGUGGUCAGACGGGGCGGCCACAUCAGAUGGAGCAGAGUAAAUCCUUGACUGAAACCUCCGUACAGUGCAUGAGUAGAAAUCAAGCCAGUGGGUGAACAGAGCUGCCUCCUCCACACAUGUUCCAGUGGUUUCCACAGAGGACGGUAAUAUUUUCCACUUAGGUCUCUCGUUUUGCAUAUAAUUAACUAUCAUUAGUUAUAGAUUUGAGUACAAUUUAUUAUAAUUAAUCAUCACUUGCUGAGGUGUUGGACCUAUAAAAUGCAGCAUAUUGCCUAAACCACUACUGUGAAUGUAGUGUCCAUGUUAAGUUGAACUCUUGAGCAAAAUCGUAACAAAAUUUCCGACCCCUUGACUUUUAUCAUACAUGUUUAUGUUGUAGCUUUAUGCUGAAAUAAAAAAAGUUCCUUGCCAAUCAUUACUUCCUUUUCCAGAAUGAUAAACAAAAUACAUUUUAUAAUUAGUUUUCUUAAUUUCAGGAAAAACUGAAAUAUAAUAUAUAUAAGUACUCAGACAGAUCUCAGGUUCCUCCCCUUUCUUUUUAUCGUCUUUGAGAUGUUUCUACACCUCGACUGAGUUCAUUUAGUAGACGUGAGUAGUGUAUGAAAUGUCUCACAGCUGAGGAUGUAUAUAAGUGUACAAACGGAGCUGUCAGGUGGAAGAAGCUGCCUGUAGAGCUCGGAGACAGGAUUGGGUCUUAGGGAGGGCUGCAACCAAACUAGUGCUUCACUGAAGUUCUCAAAGAGCCACAGUGGCCUCCAUAACUCUUAAAAGAAAGAAGUUUGGAACUACUCUGACCCUUCCUAGAAUUGUCCGACCAAAUAGAGCAGUCAUGGGAAGGAGAGACUUGAUAAGAGAAGUGAUUUGAUACUAAAUGAACAUUGAUGUGAGAAAAUAUUUUUUUAUUUUAGCAUAAAGCUGCAACAUAACAAAAUGUGAAAAGUGAAGAGGUCUGAAACCUGAAGAAUUCACUGUAACUUUUAAAACCGUAUCCUUUGACUGGGACACGUGUUUAAAAGAAACGGUUUAAGGAGUAGAGUGAAUCAGUUGAUCAGGCGAGUUUUUUUUAAUGGACACUUCACAGAACAUUGAACUGCUUAAAAUACAGAGUUCUGUAGUUUUCCAUUGUUUCUAAUCAGUAUUGUGUUGCUCAAACACAACCCUCAUGACAUGAAGUUCCUCACUGUCCUGGUGUGAGCACUCCAUACCUUUUUUAUUAGGUAUCUUUGGUUCCCCUUGGAUUUAAAGCUGUACAGCGCUAGUGGCUCAGUGACAUCUGUAAACAUCACUGUAGGUCCCCACAGUUUCCGCGGGUUAACAGCCGCUCUCAUCCGAUGUGACCGCCCUGGAUAAAGCACAGCUCUGCUCAGAAUGCCACACAGAAGCCGUCUGGUCCGUCAGAUGGACCUACUUUACUUACAUCAGGCAUCUCCUCCAUGUAUUUGCCUGUGAAGAUGGUUCAGUCUUCUCUGAUUGUUUUGUAUUGUGAACAUGAUAAAGUGCAUCUUUUUUUCUUAAAUUUGAGGUCGUCAGUGCCAUGUGCCAUGUUGCUUAAUAGUGUGUGGUUUGGACCGUUUUGAACACAGUCUAGCUCGUCAUCGUAAUCGUCAUCAUUUUUUGGAAUCACAGAAUUCUUGAACAUCACCACUUCACCAUUUUAAGUCAUUAAUUGUUGUAUGUGUGUUGUCUGUGUGUGCACGUGAGUUCAAUGUUUUCAGUCUGUUUGGUCUAUGCUCUUUGACAGUGGACUCCAUGUCAAGAGCCUGUGGUGAUGUGAUACAAUGUGUCUGUUUUCUGCAGGUUAUGGUGAGUACCUGUCUCGGUCGCCUUACACCUUCCUCCUUAAAGCAACACUAUGUAACGGUUACCGAGCAGCAGCGUCCUCUGCUGCCACACCUGGUGAUUAUUCUGUUGGUCUCCGUGUCUGAGCGACUAAGUGCUUUUCAUGUAUAGAAAUCGUGUGCCUCGAUGGGUGUCAUGCAAGAACUGAAAACAUUUAAAAUUAGGUAGUGAGAACCAGUGAUUUAGGAGAACUUUUUUUUCCUGGUAUGAACAGAAUUGACUGGUUGUCCAGACUUACUUCAUUAGUUCGAAGCAAUAACAUUCACAUAAUUUACAAAUUAGCUCUGUUGACAUUUACGGUUUAACUCUUAAAUUCGAUUUCUAAACAGCUCUGCUUCAGUCGGUCUCUGACGCUGCUAAAAACUCCAGACUUCUCUCUCUGAAAUCAAGACUUUGUUUUUUUAAGGCUAUUUGUAACUUGCUAUCCUUGUGCCUGCUCGCUCAAAUACACACAUUUAUCAUGUUUCCACACGAUUCUGUAAGAACAAGUGUUUCUUGACUCUGACGUGACAUGUUCGUACAAACUGACCAUACGAUGAGAUGUAAGAGAAAGAAUGGAAGUAUGAUCUUGCAUGAGGCCCAAUGUGUCGACCGGGCUCUGCGUAAUGCUAUUGGCUGAACCUAAACCCAACUGAGCGGUGGAUAUUACCCACGAUCCCUGGCUUCCUUAACCAGAAGAGCUGCUGCUGUAACAAAUCAACCAAACUCAGUUUAGAACAUUUAUAAAUAUUUGUUGCUGAAUAUCACAGAUAAACGCUUUAAUGUUUGAAUGACUUCUUAGUCUUCUGCACUGGUCUACAUUUAUCAUUUCAUUUUAUUCAUAAAAAAUUGGUCAGUUCCACCCUUUUCACAGGAGAUUGUAUCCGCUCACCAAAGUUACAUAGAGCAAGAGCAGAUGUUCAGAGUGGAAAUGAAAGGGGAAACAUUUCCCCUUUUCAAAGUCCCUGAACCAUCAAACUCCUUUUGAUGUUUUAAGGUGAAAAAGUUGCAUAGUGUUGCUUUAACGUCUCAGUUACAGUUUUAUUCUAAGUACUCACCAGACAAUCAAGGUCGCACAGUUCAGCAGCAGAAUUUUGAAUCUGCUUAGUUAAUGUCAUUUGUCUGAAAAAGAUUUGUCUGAUCCCUCUGCUUGAAUGUUGAGCCCUUUUAAAACUGCCUAUUACACGACCGACAUGUUUGUACCAUCACCCUGACAUUUAGAAAUACCUCAAUUUAUCCCAAAGCAUAUAGAAUAUGAAUAUUUUUUCAUGUUUUAUACUUUUUUGUUUUUUUACCAACAGAUGUAUUUCAGAUCUCAUUUGUAUAUUUCUCUAAUUUCACGAAAAAGCCUGCGAACAUUUCAUGAAAUGAAAUGUGAAAUUCUAUAUGCAAGAACCAUGAAAUGUUUUAAUUUUGUCAGUGAAUGUCAGACGGAAUGGGGGAAUGUGACAGUCCACACGAAGAUCUCCACGAACUGGAGCAUCGCACACGCUAUUGGCGUUACUUCAGAGCACUAGCAUCUUCUGCCCUAGACAGCAUUUCAUUGUUCCUCCCUAAAUUCUAACUGUCCUAUUCACGCAAUUUUCAAAACAUUUAAUGGUUCCAAGAGAUUUUUUUUACAUACUUUUAAAAUUCCAUGUGCCUGCGUCUAUUUUAUUUAUGAUUGCAUUUUUUGUAAUCCUCCUUCAUACCUGAAAUUACUUGAAGUGUGAGUCUGAGAUGUUAAUGAUACACAAUUAAAGCUCUUCUUUACAAAUUAGGGAACAUAAUUCAAGUGCUGUCUUUAAUUAUAAUAAUAAUGAUGUCUUUUCUAAACUCAGACUGCUAACACACCUAAUAAGCACAAUGAGGUCAGAGCUCGGUAGUCGUGCUACUGGAGAAGAACCUGACUGAAGCCUUCAGUUGGUGUAAAGCAAUUCAGAUACGUCUUCAUGAUGUGUAGCUUUAGGCUUAAUGCAAGAACCUGAAUAUUUUAUCAUUUGUGGCCUUUUUUACUGGAACGCACAAUAACAUUGUUGAGAAUAUGGUUUGUGAAAGAGGAGCAGAGACACUUAGUAAUUUCCAGCAACAAUAAAUAUUGUUUUGAACAAUAUUUAUUAUAUUUGUUGUCUCACCAACCAAGAAUUCUUCCUGCAAUGCAUUCCAAAAAGAAAAACACAACCCCAGAAGCACUGGAGUCACCAUAUGGUUCCUCUGCUUUGGUCUGUGCCUUCAUGAUUAUUAUUUUUAUAAUUUUUUUUAAGUAGCCUGUGAAGAUUUCAUCCACAGCCCAGGUCUGAACCAUGAGACGUCUGUCCCAGAGUGGAACAAACCUGGAUGAAUAAUUCAAUUGUACACAUGUAAUAAUUUAUCUCUGGAAUAAUGAAAAACACUGUUUACUCUAAUCACGAAGGAGAAUCCUGAGCUUCAAUGGUGUAAUGGUCCUGUGGGUAGGAAACGUAGGUGAUAAAACAAAUAACCAGCAUUUAGUGAGUCUUUUAUCCAUCACUCAACAUGUGUCCGCUACAAAUGAGCUACUGGUAUUUAGCAGCAGAAGAAGAAGCACAUGAACAUAUUUAUCUUCUAACAUGAUUAGAGCAAUAACUGGAGUUCUUGCAAAAUAUAAAAAAAAAACAUCUAACUAAUCGUUCUUCAGGCAUUUCUGUUGGAUUUAAAUUAUAUUGUUAAAUGUACGUGCACUUCUGAGAUGCCCCUUUAACUGUUUCCCUGUCGUUUGGAUGUAUGAAAAUCUGAUUUAUAAGUCAUACCUGAAAUGAGAUGUUAUUAAAAAAUUCUAUCAUUCA